AGUGCUGAUACAAGUUGUCAGAUAUGUCUUUUCACUUUUUUACAAUAAUUAUUGUAUAACGUAUAUUAUUUUUUAACACAUCUUUAAGGUUUCAUCGUGAGCAGAGUAUUCGAGAGAUGGACAAUAAGACAGUGAACGUCAAGUACCCCAAGCUAAGAGAUCAAAAAACGAAAAAAUUGGAACAUGAUUUGGUACAGGAGCCGGCUAGGAAGACGCUCUUCGAUAGGAUAAUGGCAAAUUUUAAAAUGAUGGAAAGACGAACUUACUUGCAUAGAAUAAUCUACGUUGGUGAGCACGACAUUGCAUCUGACCUGCCUUCAAUGUUAGUUAACACCGUGACGGCAGUCAACGAGGCUGAAAAUACAGUAGAGAAGCUAACUGGUUUUCUGCUAGUCUACCAGAAAUGUUUUCUACAUAUGGUGGAGGGCUCCGAAGAUUCGAUAACUAAACACGUUGGACUUGUUCUGAAUAAAUACGGCGAUAACAAAGAAUUGAAAAAUUUGAAACUUUUAAUACAAGUUUCUCAUAUCCUCAAACGGGUAUGUCCUGAAUGGCAAACGUAUUUCGGAGUUCCGUCCAAGCUUCUCAGCCCAUUAGAAGAGGAGGCUAGCAUGGAAGAAACAGGUCGGCGGUUAUAUACCUGCGUCAGGUGUAUCUACAACCUGCUAGGAGCUUUUGCUAAGGAUGCUGCUGAGGCCAGCGAAAUGGAAAGCAUAAAGGAUAUCGGAGGAAGUAAGUCCAGCUUGUCUCUGCGCGGGAGCUUAGGCCACCGCUUAAGCAUAGCGAAUAACAGUAGAAACUUGAUAAAUAAGGGUAGCCAUUCAAGUAGCUUAAAUCGCAGUCAGUCCAUCUUAGGACAUUCAAAAGAUAGAUACUGGCAGCACUUACCGGAAUAUGAGGUCAUAAUUGCACUCAUCAGAUCACCGUAUGUGCAAACUUUGCAAUCCUUCUAUGAUGUAUAUAUGGUGGUUCCGCAGAGGGACAUUUAUAAGGAUAAAGUGUGGCCUGUACCGGGAGAUUUUAUACCGUUCGACGUGUUUUCCGAGCUUUAUGAUUGUACGACCGAGCUUCGAGCGCACAGAGGAGUGACGACAACCGAUCAAGACCAGAAUACCGAAGAAGCUGAUGACGCUUCUGAAAAGGAAAGUGAUGAAGACUGA